UGAUUGCCGAUUACUCUGCAGAAAGUUGCAGAAGGAGGACGAGACAGGCGCUGGACCAGCCAGGACCCACCAACGUGUCAAAAGAUCAACCAAAGUUCAAGAACACGCAACGAGAAAUUCCUGGACAAGUCAUUGAAGGAAGAAACCCGACAGAAAUCUCACCUGGGUCUCUUUCAUAAUUUGACUUCACGCCCAAUAAUAAGCUAGAAUCGGAGCUCGGACCCCCUUCAUUAAUGGCGGACCACAACCCAGCGCCGCCGCCGUCCUUAGAGUCUCCCUUCCUCGUCCCUCCCUCGGGCCCCCAGAACAACCUCAACCACGACUACCAACAGCAGCGGCAGGGAGUAGACCGAAGCUGGGAAGAGGGAGACUGCCAGCUAGACCAGACCCUACAGAAGCUCGAGACCUUCCUGUCGUUCCUCGGCUUCAACCAAUCGACGGUGCUCGGGUUCGUGCUCAGCUGGACAGCCUUUCUGCUCGUCGGGGUCGUGCUGCCGGUCAUCGUCGUCGAGCUGUCGGAUUGCUCCGACUGCCAGGAGUACCAGGUCAAGAAGUUCGAGCUCGACAUUGUGGCGUCGCAGGCCAGCCUUGCGGCGGUCUCUCUGCUCUGCCUGUCGCAUAAUCUGAGGAAGUUUGGGCUUAGGAAGUUCCUCUUCGUUGAUCGGUACAGCGGGCAGAUGUCCCGGUUCCGCGACCAGUACAUUACGCAGAUCAAGGGCUCUGUGCGCUUGCUGGUUAUCUGGGCGCUGCCGUGUGUCCUCCUCAAGACUGCGCGCGAGAUAGUGCGGAUCGUGUACACAUAUCAAGAGUCAUGGUGGCUGUCUGUUUACAUAUUGCUCGCCAUGAUAAUCUCGUGGGCUUAUGUCAGCACGAUCUUUCUCUCGGCUAGCAUUCUGUUCCACUUGGUGUGCAACCUCCAAGUUAUACAUUUAGACGACUAUGGGAAGCUCUUGGAGAGGGAGAGCGAUGUCUUGCUUCUCAUUGAAGAACACAUCCGUCUUCGCUAUUACCUGUCUAAGAUAAGCCAUAGAUUCAGGAUCUUCCUCCUCCUCCAGUUUUUCAUUGUGACUGCCAGUCAGUUUGUUACUCUGUUGCAAACAACGGCUUGCAGUGGACUCAUCACACUCAUAAAUUCUGGCGACUUCGCGGUCUCUGCCAUCGUACAAGUAGUCGGAAUUAUACUAUGCUUGCAUGCAGCCACAAAGAUAUCAAGCAGGGCACAGGGCAUCGCCGUACUUGCAAGCAGAUGGCACGCAUUAAUGACAUGCGGGUCCUCAUCGACAGACGGAUCAGCACCAAGACCUCAGAGCAACGUUGGCAACUCCGAGCCUCCAUGUCCCUUAAGCUCACUGCAUAUAGAUUACUCAGAAAGUGACCUGGAAUCGUUGGAAUACAUCUCAAUCCCCACCAGCUCACAACUCGCUUCUUACAUGUCCACGUAUCACAAGCGGCAAGCUUUCGUGUGUUAUUUACAGACAAAUCCAGGGGGGAUCACGAUAUUCGGUUGGAUGGUGGACAGGGCCCUCCUCACCACUAUCUUCUUCAUCGAACUCUCCUUGGUCACUUUUGUGCUCGGGAAGACUAUUGUUUUCUCCUCAUCGUGAACACUAAAGACUCGCACAGUCGAUUACAGUUCACUACAGCAUUCUUCCAUCAACCAGAGACAUACCACUGCUGGGUGCUUGAGUCUUCACCGAAUGUAAAUAUGGGCUUGUUGAGCUCUCGCCUGGGCUUAGUUCCCUGACACCCGCAGCAGCCAAAAGAUUCACUAGACGAUGCUAAAUUUGCAACAUGAACAGACUCUCCCUGAUUCCUGGACGCUCCACAGCACAAGCUAGAAUAUGCAUUUCAUGAACAAGCUAGGGAGAAUUUUUUUGUCGCUGUAUCACUGCCUCUCGCAAGUUGGAUCUGAAGUGGCGAUCUGUUUUAUCAUCUCACUUUCCCUUCCAGUUCCAGAUGUAGCAAGGUACGGUAUCUGUUUUAUCAUCUUGCUUUCCCUUCCGGAUGUAGCCUGGAGUUCAAGUCUGGAAGUUGUGAAUUGAAAUCAUUGAAAUAGAAAAAUGAUUUAGUGAAGUCCUUUUCGGGCAACUAUUAUUCAAUUUGUUGGAGGAGCUUUACGCACUUCUGUAAAAAGUCGAAUUCCAAUUGAAUUACAGCCAAGUUGUGGCAUGUCUUAGAAGUUUCAAUGGAUCAGCCAGUUAGAAGCGGGUUCUCAUUCA